UCCAGCCACAACACCCAGUUGAUUCAACUAUAAAGUUUAGAGCUGAAUCUUUGGGUGACAAAGUAGUUUAUGGACACCAUGUCCUUCAAUAUGAAUGUUCCUCGUGGGCAGACCUAUGAAUUGAAGGUGACAGUAACCAUCUUAGCAUUGCUCUUCAUAAAAGUCUUGUCAGCUCCUCAAAGUGAUGUGGUGGAUAGUCUUCCAGGACAACCACCUGUGCCCUUCAAACAAUAUGCAGGAUAUGUCACAGUAGACCAAAGAAGUGACAGGGCUCUGUUCUAUUACUUUGUUGAAGCAGAGACUGAACCAGAUUUGAAGCCUUUGGUUCUUUGGCUCAAUGGAGGGCCAGGUUGUUCAUCAUUCGGUGUUGGGGCAUUUUGUGAGGAUGGCCCAUUUCAACCCAAGGGAGACAAAUUGGUCAGAAAUGUCUAUAGUUGGAACAAAGGUACACUGGGUUACUAAUCAUAUGAUUCUAUC